ACCAAUAUACGCCAUAAAAUGAGUGUCAAUCGUAAAAGAAAACCGAAUUUUACAAACGAUGAAAAAUUCCGCCUAAUUCAAUCUGUUAAGAAGCGCUCAGUACUGUGGGAUAUUACGGAAAUAUACAAUAAGGACUAUGACAAGGUGCAAGCUGCUUGGAAUGCUGUGUCUGAGGAGGUGAAGAGACCUGGCACCGAGUGUAGGAUGGCAUGGAGCUCCUUGAGGGAGAGCUACCGUUAUCAUUUCAAGCGGGACUGUGGCAAGUUUCAGCAGCUCGAAGGAGAGGAUUACGAUCCUCUGCUGGCUACCAAAAUGAUGGAUUGGAGGUUCGCUGAAGCCAUGUCCUUUAUGCCUCAACCCACACUCAAGAGACCGAGACCCGUCAGCCGAAUUGUUCGCAAUGAAACCGAUGGGGAAGACGGCGAAGAUGGUGAAGACGGUGGAGAUGGUGAAGACAGUAAAGAUGGUGAAGAUGGUGAAGAUAUUGAGAUGGCUGACUGGAUGACAGGAUCUGUAGAGAUCCCGGCCGAUGCCCUGCUAACACCGGGGAGCAUUGAGUCUAUAAAGCCGGAACCAAAGCGCAGGGGCAGACCAAGGAAAGGCACAGAAUCGACGUCUAAAGCCUCAAUUGUCGACAUGCUGAGCAAUUUUCUCGAGGGAACUAGGCACUGCCUGGAGCAGCCUGUCUCAAAGAAUGCCACCGUUCUCGCCUACUGGGAUACUCUUCUUACCGGGAUGUCGCAGCAGAACUCACAGCGCGCUGUAUUCAAAGUAACGGAGUUUCUGCAGGAGGUUGCCAAAAAAGAAGUGGAAAAGAAGAGAUUGUUUUAGUUUUGUAUAAGAUUUAGUUUUUAAGCGUGUUUGUGAGCUUGUAGGCUCGCUUGACCCAUUUCCUUCCUGACAAUUAAACUAUUUUUAAUGCUAUCUCUAA